ACCGAGAGAGCGAACAUCGUUUAUUUACUUUUGAACCGCGCAGUCGAACGGACGCACGUGCGAGCGCUAGUUUGAAAUCGAAACCGGGCUUUUCGGUAUAUCGCUGUUACGAAGAAAUCCUAACCUUAGUGUUGCGUGUGAACUAGUGCUGCAGAUAAGAAAGUUGUGAAUUGGAAGUGUGAAGAAGUGCAGAAAAAAGGGCACGAAGAAAUAUCAUAAAAUCGGAAAAGAAAGCCAAAGUCGUACCGGAACGCAAACGAAGUGAAUAAAUAAAACAAAACGAAAAAAAUAAUCGAACGGACAAGCGGCUCAUUAGCGGGGCAUUACGAACGGUGGCGGCAAAGCCGGAACCUACGGACGGAACUACGGUUACGGCGCUUCCCCCAUAUCACAAGUGAUAGGAGUUAAAUCCUAUCGAUACGACCCGACAUCGAUUAGCGUGUGGGUUGCCUCGUCGGAAUAGCUAGCAGACCGCACCUAGCCACAGAAGCUACCUGACCCACCACCGGAGCGAACGAGAAAGCUCGAUGUGCAGAGAAGGAUGAAGCUGAUCGAUCGACUGCUGGACAAAUGCUUCCGCCGUCACGGAGCCCUCGUGCUUAUCGUGACCGGACUGCUCUGUCUCCAGAUUACCACUAGUGAUAGUACACCGUUAGAGGAUAGCAAUAGCAGUAGUGGCAGUAUUAGUAGUAGUGAAACGCUAGAAUUAACCGCAUGUCAACAUUUGCGGCGUGCGGAGGCGCGUCGCGCCAAGUCAUUAGGCGAUAGUCUGUUGCAAACGGUACGGAUACCACGAUGCACCGCUCUCGGUGACUUCGAACCGGUGCAAUGCUCCAAUGAGCUGAACGGAACCGAAUGCUGGUGCGUGGAUGAGUACGGCGUGGAGAUUACGGGCAGCAGGCGCAGCCACGCGGACGACGUCAACUGUACGCGGGUGGAAAACCACUGCCAGGCAUCCAGCUGUCGCAUGUUCUGUCCGGCCGGGUUCGCCAAGGACCUGGCGUCCGGCUGUCCCAUCUGUCGCUGCCGCGAUCCGUGCGAGGACAUCCAAUGCCCCCGGGGUCAGCAGUGCGAACCGCAGGAGGUCCAGUGCAAGACCGAACCCUGUCCACCGAUUCCGACGUGUCGUAAGGCGCGCAGUCUGAAUGACCUGUGUCCGGCUGGGCAACCUCUAGCAAUCACGGGCACUAUUCGUCCCUUCCUGUGUGGAACGGAUCCGGGUAAACCGAGCUGUCCCCCGCUGUACCGCUGCUUGGUGCAGGGUGGCAACGAUUAUGGCGUGUGCUGUCCGGCCUCGCUGCAGUUCGAGAAGCCGGGCAGCUGCCCGCGGGCGAAUGAGAUCGAAUCGACGGACAAUGCCGGCUUCCUGUGCGGGACGCCCUGCAGCCACGAUCUCGAGUGCCCGCAGAUGCAGAAGUGCUGUCAGUCGGAUGGGUGUGGGCGCAACUGUCAGCAGCCGCACAACGUCACGGUCUGCCAUCAGGCACGCAUGCUGUCCGAGCUGCUGUCUGUGAAUGAGCGCGAAGGUCGCGGGUAUGUGCCGCAGUGCGACGGCCCUGGCGGUAGCUUCUCCACUCGCCAAUGCUCCCGCAAUGGGCUGGUAUGCUGGUGUGUGGAUCCGAAAACGGGCAACAAGCUGAAGGGAACGAUGGGCGCAGCGGCUACCGUGAGCUGCGAGGCGAUAGAGAAUAUGAUCGGAGGGCGUAGUGGUGGGCGCAGUGUAGACGGUGGUGCACAAACCCUCUGUGACCACAAUAUCUGCGCGGCGGUGUGCGAGUACGGCUUCAAGAACGACCACAACGGAUGUCCGACGUGCGAGUGUUCGGAACCGUGCGAAGGCUACCUUUGCCCCGCCGGGUCCCACUGCGAGGUGGCAAAGGAUCCCAAGUGUGAGGCAUACUCUGGCCUUUGCUCGUCCGAGCCCGUCUGCAAGCCCGACCUGGUGUACUCGAACCCGUGCGAAAUCGGUACCCCGCUAGCGGACAACGUGACGGGCGAGCUGCUGUUCUGCCAUAUGGAUCGUCCCAAGAGUCGUGAGUAUCAAAGCCGCACCUUUUUCGAUGAUGAUGAGCAGGACGAGGAGGUAAACGGGCGCAAACGAUCGAUGUCAAAUACAAUCGUGUGCCCGAUCGAGACGCACGAGUGUCGCAAGCUGCACGGCGAGUCGCGCAGCGUCUGCUGUCCUUUGGUGGUCGAAGGUGAAGACGACGAAGCGGCGGAAGAACGUCAGCAAACAAUGUGCGAAUAUCUGCGCGACUUUUCCGACCGGAUGGAAGGCACGGUGGAGGGAAUGGAGCUUGCCCUGCCGGCUCCGUCCUGCACAUCGGACGGCGGCUAUCAGGCGAUGCAGUGCGUGACGCGCAAAACGAAGGUCAAACUGUCGGAGCAGCGCAAAUACAUCGAGCAGAACAGUAUCCGGCGGAUGAGAAAGCUACUGGAAGAUGCAUCAGCCGCGGGUCUUGCGCUAACGUCCACGACCACAUCAUCCGCUGCUACGGAAGCGGAGGUCAGCUCGGUAAACACCCCCGCCGGUCGUGUCCGCCGUGCCGCUAAGCCCGCGCCGGACAGUACACUCAAACUGUUGCCCGUUCAUAGCGCGGAUCAGAUGAUCGCGGGCGAGGUCGCUGGCAUCUUGCCGGGCUACCCGGGUGUUCAGGCACGGUCUGCCAAGAUCAUCGAUUUCAACCGGCUGGAAUCGAAGAAUGGAAACGCCAAUCUGGACAAGCCGGAAAUUAAACCAUCGACGCUGCUGAAGCGUCCGCUCGUGGUGCCGACCCUGCCCACUCCCGUGCAGGAACAGCUGGUGGAGGUCGAGAUCGAGGAGUGCUGGUGUGUCGAUGGUUUCGGCACGGAAAUACCCAAAACGCGCGGAUUCAACGCCACCGGCAAGAGUUGCGAGGCAGUGCGCGAAUCGCUGGGCUGUCUGGAUCUGACGUGCCGCAUGGGCUGCGACUAUGGGUUCGUGCUGGAUCCGGACACGCAGUGUCCUUCCUGCGAGUGUCGCGAUCCUUGCGAUAGCGUUCACUGCCCGGACGGACAAGAGUGUCGCUCGGUGGAGGUGUCCUGCGAGGGUGAGUACUGUCCGCCCGUGCCGGCUUGCUUCCCCAAGAAGCCCGGCCAGUGUCCGUUCCUGGUGCCGCCCGGUUCGGAGAACUCCGAGUCCGACUCGUGCGAGUACGAGUGUCGCACCGAUGCGCACUGCGACGGGUCAAAGCGCUGCUGCUCGAACGGAUGCGGCACCCAGUGCGUGGAACCGCAGCUAAAGACGGCCUGCCAGCAUCUGCAAACGAUUCAGCUGCAUCAAGCGUCCGAACUGGGCGUUCCACCAAAGCAGAAGUACAUCGCACAGUGUGACAUCGACGGCAGCUUCCGGACGAUACAGUGCGGCCCUGGCAACGUUUGCUGGUGUGUGGACGAGUUCGGCAACGAGAAGAGUGGCACCCGCACGAACAAUGGCCAACCGAACUGUGAGCUGUUCCCGAAAACCGAAUGUCCACUGCUGAAGUGCCGACCGUGUGAGUACGGGUACAGGAUUGACGCGAACGGCUGCAAGACCUGCGAGUGUCGGGAUCCGUGCGGCGAGAUCUCGUGUCCACGGGGCGAGGAGUGCCAGCUCAUCCAGGUGGAGUGUAUCUCGGUACCGUGUCCUAAGAUGCCUAUCUGCGUGCCGAUUCGCGAGUCCGUCUGUCCCGAGGGACUGCCGUUGCGUUCUAGCGGACGGGAGAUUGUGUGUGGACCGCAAACCGAUGCCGACACGUGUCCCUCGACGCACAUCUGUCAGCUAAAUCCGAUCAGCAACCGGGGCGUAUGCUGUGGCAAGACCAGAGAUGUUUGUUUCGAGUCGAUCGAUCAGAGCUGCUUGCAGGUGGCCGAAUCGGGCGCGGAAAGCAACGAGCUCGACAGUAUCACUCGAUGGCGUUUCAGCCCACGGCUGAACAAAUGUGUCCCGGUCACGUUACCGCGCGGUGUAUUCUGCCAAUCGAAAAACCUUUUCCACAGUGAGCAGGCAUGCAAUGGCGUGUGUCCGGUGCUGUCGCAAUGCGAGCGACUACGGUUAAAGAACGCGAUGGCGGCUAAACGGGCCGGCCAGCCUAACACUUGGUUCCAGCCACGCUGCGAUCCGGAGACGGGCUUCUGGAGUCCGGUGCAGUGUUUGGGAUCGAUGGCAGAUACGACGAACGUGUCGAACGGAACGAACGGAACUGCGCCCACCAUUGCGGAACCACCGGCCCCGGUUGGUGUGUGCUGGUGCGCAGAUAAGAAGGGGGCCCCGGUGAAGGGCUCACUUACGAAGGGCUCCGAACCGAAGUGCAGCAGUCGUCAGGCGCGACGACGCGGUGACUCAGUUGAAACAUCCUCAAGUGAUCCAGUGAUGGAAGAACUGAUCCGCCAGAUCACGUUCCUGGUGGACGAGAACAACUACCUGGUGGACGAGGACCUUGAACCCGUACAGCCCGUGUCCGUGGCCAGUUCCAACUAUGCCCCCGAGCCGCGCUACAUCGGAUCGGUGUCCUCCGCCACUGAGAAGGUGAUCGAGCUGGCACGCACUGCCGAGAGCCGCAACUAUAUUAGCGAAAAUGGAGCCGAACCGAUCGCCAAGCGGCUGAGUGCAUCGGCCACACGCUGCCAAGCCCUGCAAAUGGCUGCUUCCUUCCCCGUGGCCUGCGAUACGGCCGGCUCGUUCGAACCGAUGCAGUGCAACGGGGACACGUGCUGGUGUGUCGAUGCGGCCGGCAACCAACUGCCACUGUCCAGCACCUUCAAGCGUGGUCAGCGAUCCUGUAUCUUCACACCGAUCGAUGUGGUUGAGAUCGAGCUGCGAUUAAACAACAUGCAUCCGCAGCGACCGCUGCUGCACGUGUACGAAACGCUGCGCACCGAGCUGUCCAUGCUGGUUGGCAGCAUUUAUGACAACUACCGGGUGCAGGAGAACGCCGACGGAAGCGUUACGCUGCGGUUCGAUCUGAUCGAAAGCACCAAGGUCGAUGAUGCGUACGCGAUCGAGGAAAUGGUGCGCGAUGGAUCGUUUGCGCUGUACCAUGGUCAGCUUAUAGCGGACAUGACGCAGUCGCGAUUUGCGCACCGCAUCUCGGUCGGUCUUCCACUAGCCCAGCCAUCGUCCGGCAUACCGGAGAACACGUUCCAGACGAUCGUGUUCGUGCUGGCGACGGCUUCCGCCUUCCUAGUCGCCAUCUUCGUGGUGUUUGUGAUGCUUAAGCGGGGCCGCAGCACCAAGACCAAGCACUACUCCAACGGGGAGAAAAUCUUCGCCAUCGGUGCGGACAAGUAUGUCGACUAUAGCUCACCCAUCUUUGUGCUCAGUGCCAACGAUAGCAAAUCUAUUCAGCAGCAGCAUCAACAGCCACAGAGUCAUUCCGACUAAUCCUCUUCCUUGUUCAAUCGCAACCGAUGACCUAUCGGUAAAUAAGCGAUCCCACAAGUCAAAACUUAGCGUUCGGUCGUGUUUUAUGUGUUCGCUGCACACGGUGCACCGGAUACCGCGGUCCAACUAGGUUUUAGACCGCUCCUAGAGCCCCCUAGCCCACAAGGUUUCGCACUUGCAGAAGCUCUGAAGGAAACGGAUUUUUAAAGCAAAACGUUGUUAAUUUUAUAUUGUACAUAUUGUGAAGGUUUUCUCUGCGUCUUUCGCUGAAACUACAGCGAUGGCAGAAGCAACCUCCUUCCGAUCGUUCUACCGUUAUCGAAGAUCUAUACCAUUCAUCGGUUAUCAUCCAAAUUGUUUCGUGUGUCAAACCUCUAUCAGUUUACAAAGUUUGAAUUUCGGAAGAUUGCUUUUUUGUGUCCAUUGCCUCUGGAAGAGUAUAUAGAAGAGUGGGUGGGUGUGUGUGUGUAAAUAAGAUUGUUCGAGCAAACAGUUUGGAAGUAUCAGCAAUUUUUUGAAAUAAUCAAAGUUCACAAGUAUUGAAUGCAGUAACAAGACAAGCACACGAGUUCUUAUCGGAUAUAUGAUAUUAUUGAAACCAUCAAGCCCGAUUUAAACGAUCUACGAUCUGUUUCUUCGUUGAAAUGACAGAAACUCGACAGCAUAGCAUUUGCAUCUUACAUCUUGUUGAGACAUUUUCGUCAGAAGCCUGUGCGAUGUAAAAUACUGCUGAUCAAGCAAAAACUGUACAUUCAGUUCAUGUAUGAUCUGUCGUAUAAUGUAUGAUCGUGUCUCCAACAAUCGGGGAGGAACAGCGUGACGUUGAUGAUAAAUGAGGAGGAAUGUGCUGUUUAUUUAUUCUUCCCCCUUGCAGUAACCCCUCCACCCAGCAUAUCCGCCUCGUUUAGCUACCUCUAGGCUGAUAAGAACUUUGCAAAAAAGCUUACUAUUCAAGCAUCAAUCACUACGGUUGCCAAUCGUUAGAUUUCGCGGAGAAGCGUCCGAUCGGCUCGAUGUAACUGGUGUGGACAGGUCUGGUGCUCUUAUUAGUCUCUUUCUCCUAAAGUACGUGGUGUGGUAUCUACAGCUAUCUUUCUUUAUUUCGAAAAUUUGUACAUAAGACUAUACACUACAAACUGGUGAUAAAAAAAAAGAAAGAAAUACGACACGCAAACGGAUUCGAAAGCUCGAUUAGUUGUACCAUGGUAAACUCGAUCGAUAUUCUCCGGUUAUGUGACCUGUUGUUUUGUUUUGUUCGAUAAUUAAAUAAAGAAGAUCAAUCAAUAAA